AUGAAGCUCAUCGCGGCCUUCGGCCUCUUGGCCGCCGCCGGCCAAUACUGGCGUGCGGCUGGACUGCCUCAGUUCCCUGACAACCCCGUCUGCGCCGCCGGCAUCACGUCCGUCGAGGUGCAGCCGGUGCAGUUCAUCGUCAGGCAGCCCAUCUACAUCAGCGCUUUCUUACCGGCCAACACUGUCUUGGUCCUUGACGAUGGCCUCACCCUCACCAUCACCAACGCGCCCAUGACCCUCAUCACCGAGAUCGACAAGCUGGAGACAUUGACCUCCCAGGUGACCAGGGUUCUUCAACAAGUAUCAUCCAUCCCCAAUGCCUACGUGACCAUCACCAGAGGUGGCCAUGCCGGGUCCCUGGCAAGCACCAUCACCGUGUUCCCCUCGGGACCGGAUGGUCUUGGAACUUACCUGGUCUUCACUCCCUUCGCCAUCACAGCACCGACAACGGGCGCCGGCAUCCCCGUCCCCCCAACUGGAGGAUCGCCUGCGACCACCAUCGUUGGUACGCCCAUCGACGUGAGCCGUGUCGUGACUCAAUCCGCCACGACCACCCUCACGGUAGGCGGUCUCCGGGACGACACGCAGCCCCGGAUCUUCAGCUUGAUCCCCCUGUCCGGUGAGUCCGUUGCCACUGUCCUCGUCGAGACGGGUAUCGGGGCGAGCAGCGUCUUCAACGGCCCGGUGACCACGAGAUCCGUCCUCGAGAUCUACCCCGAGCCCGGCUGGUUGGGCACGGCAACGAUCCCACCCACCGGAAGCAACACUAUUGGCACCGUCCUCGUCGGUGUCGCGGCCAACUCCCUGCUGAGCGGCGUCGCCACGCCGGUGCUGACCGAGUUCUCCGGAGCGACCCCCGGUCCCAGUCCGGCCUCGAUCCCGGUGACCCUCGCCCCCACCGCCUCUGACAACGGGGUCUUCCCCCAGUCCUUCACGGGGCCGUAUAGCACCAUCACCAUCGGCGGUGCCGAAGACGUUCCCAGGAACCUCACCAUCGUGGACUCGGCCAACUCGGACGGCACCGUCUUCGUGCAGACCUUCGACAGCUUCUCCAUUACCGUCACCGGUCCCCAGAACACCAUCACCGUCCUCGGCAACGCCGGCGUGACACCGAAUCCCGUCACUCUCCCCGAAGCGAGAGUCUUGAUGCAGACCGCCGGCACCGAUGGAGCCCUGCAGAUCAUCCAGACCCCCGGCGCCCAGGUCGAUUUACUCGACAGGCUAACGACCAUCACCGUCGGCAACACAGAUGGCCAGACCGGCGUCUUCACCCUGGUGCCCAUCUCGGGCAGCGUCGGUGCCGUGGUCGUCCAGACAGCGCGCCCGCUUCUCGCCGCUCUCUUCCAGACCACCAGCGUCCCGGGGGCAACGGAGACGACGAUUUCGAUCCCCGCUCCCGAGGGGAGCACCGGCACCGUCGUCGUCCAGACCACGGAUGGUUUCACCGGUCCCGCGGCCGGCCCCUUUACGACGGUCAACGUCGGCGGCGGCCAAAACCCGAGCCCGGCGACUGUCACGCUCCCUCCGGCGGCGGACGAUCCCAACGGCCUCUUCACGGUGCUCGUACAAAGUUUGGACCCGGAUGCCUUUACUGGUCCCUUCAGAACGAUCACGGCCGGCGGCAACAUGGGAACCACUCCCGUCACGCUGACGCUUCCCCCUACGGGGACUGGCCAGACCGGAACCGUGGUCGUCCAGCCUGCCAUGACCCCUUUUACGGGGCCCUUUACGACCAUCACGACAGAUGGCAACACGGGAACCCUGCCGGUGACACUCACGGUGGUGCCUGCCGGCAACCCGACCCUGGGGACCGUCAUCGUCCAGACGCCGUCCCCGACGGUCCGGCCGGCCCUCUUCAGGACACUGGCCGCGCUCGCCAUCCCCGGUCUCGGUGCCACCAUCACCCUGCCUCUGGGCGGUGGCCCUUCGACCUCGCAGCAAGCUGGCACCGUCGUCGUGGCCCAGGGCCUGGGCGGAAACGACCCGGCAACGACUCAGCCGGCAGUCCUGGCCGCCAGCCUCGUCACCAUCCGUGGCGACUACAACGGCACGAGCCCGCUGACCUUGACUCUGCCGGCGGCGGAUAACAAUCUGCUCGGCACCAUCGUCGAGCAGCUGCCCGUGGGCUUCAGCAUCGGUCUCUCCUUCGGAAGUCCCGCCGCCACUCCGGCGGUGGUGCCGCCUCCCGUCACAAACCAGGCGACCAACGUUCCGACUGCGGGCUCGGCCCCCGGCGGCGGCGGCGGCGGCGGCGGCGCUCUGCCGCGUCUCACGAGUGGCUACUCCGGGUCUGUGACUACCACCGUCACCUUGCCGCCCGUGGGAGCCCAGACUCUCGGCCAAAUCUUGGUCCUGACCCCGCUGAGCACAAACCCAGCCGGGCCUGCUGCCACCAAUGCUCCCGGACCUGCCGCCACCGGCCCUCAAGCUCCGGGUGGCACGGCCCCACAACCGGGCCAGAGUGGAUCACCGAGCGGCCCCGCCUCCGGAGCUCUCGGAGCGUCCUUCAUAACGGUGCAGUCUGGAUUCAGCGGCGCGCAACCGACCACUUUCACGGUCCCGCCGGCCGGUCCCAACAAUGCCGGCACCGUCGUCAUCCUCACCCCCACUAACAACCCAGCAGCAGCCCCCGCUCCCCAACCCACUCUCCCUGCCGGAGUGCCGUUCGUAACCGUGACAACCCCGUUCGCGGGUCCCGCCGUACUGACGCAGAUCUUGCUGCCCACAGGUACUAACAGCGUAGGAACCGUUCUCGUCCAGGUGCCCUCGGCCCUGUUCACGCCCCAGCCGACGGGAGGAGUUGCGACGGCCCCAGGGGUCAGUCCUAACCCCAACGCCAACCCCAAUCCCCUCUUCCCGACCAUCGUGAUCCCGGGCAUCACACUGAGCAUCCCGGCCAUCGUAUUGCCGACCAUCGCCCUGCCGACCAUCGGCCUCGCCAUCACCGUGUCCCUGGGAGGGCCGGUGCCGACCACGGUGACUUUCCCCCCUUCCGGCACCAACUCGGUCGGCAUCAUCAUCGUCCAGACCCCGACGCCCGGCGCGGUUUCCGUCCCAGGUCUCGGUGGUGUCUUCACGACGCUCUUCCAGGGCUUCUCGGGGUCCGUCCCGAGGACCACGACGCUUCCGCCCUCGGGCAGCAACACGCUCGGCAUCGUGCUCGUGGAGACGCCGACUGCUGCCGCGGACAACGUCCUCCAGACCACCACCGUCGGCUUCACCGGCUCGGCGCCCACGACCGUCACCCUGCAGCCCUCCGACGGCGGCUCCGGGAUUGUGGUCGUCCAGACGCCGUUCCCGACCCCCUCGACGCCCCCCUCGACGGCGGCCAACAUCUUCACGACGACGACGCAGGGCUUCACGGGCACCGCGCCGACAACCAUCACGCUCCAGCCGAGCGGGACCGAGACCGUCGGCACCGUCGUCGUCCAGACGCCCAUCUUCUCCGGAGGCGGAACGGUCGUGCAGCCACCGCCACCGCCGCCGACGACGUCCGCCGCGCCCAACCUGUUCGUCACGAUCACGACGGGGGGCCCCGUGGCGGCGACGUCGACGAUCCAGCCCGUCGGGAGCAACGUUCUCGGCACCGUCAUCGUGCAGACUCCCACAACGGGCGACCCGGCGGCGGCGACGUCGCCUCCUCCCACCGUCCCGAGCGGGUUCAUCCUUACGACCGUUCCGGGGACGGGAUCCGUGCCGACCACAGUUACUUUCCCUCCGUCAGGGGGCAACCCGGGCAGUGUGGUCGUCCAGACACCUACCGCCACGCCGCCGACGCAGCCCCAGGUCCAAGUUCCCAGUGGGUUUAUCCUCACAACGGUUCCCGGAACUGGAUCUGUGCCGGCUACCUUCACUUUCCCCCCGUCUGGCGGCAACCCGGGCAGCGUCGUUGUCGAAACGCCCACAGCCACUCAGCCAGGCCAGCCUCAAGUCCAAGUCCCCAGCGGGUUUGUCCUUACAACUGUUCCUGGGACGGGAUCCGUGCCGACUACGGUUACCUUCCCUCCGUCUGGCGGCAACCCGGGCAGUGUCGUUGUCGAAACGCCUACUGCCACUCAGCCAGGCCAGCCUCAAGUCCAAGUCCCUAGUGGCUUUGUCCUUACAACUGUUCCUGGGACGGGAUCCGUGCCGACUACGGUUACCUUCCCUCCGUCUGGCGGCAACCCGGGCAGUGUCGUUGUCGAAACGCCUACUGCCACUCAGCCAGGCCAGCCUCAGGUCCAAGUCCCCAGUGGCUUUGUUCUCACAACGGUUCCCGGGACUGGAUCAGUGCCUACCACCAUCACGUUUCCCCCGUCUGGCGGAAACCCCGGCAGCGUUGUUGUCCAGACUCCCGCGGUUACGCAACCUCAAGUCCAGGUUCCCAGCGACUUCAUUCUUACGACUGUCCCGGGAACCGGCUCUGUGCCAACAACAAUUACCUUCCCUCCGUCAGGGAGCAACCCUGGCAGCGUUGUCGUGCAGACUCCUGCGGUUACCCAGCCGCAAGUCCAAGUUCCCAGCGACUUCAUCCUUACAACCAUUCCGGGAACUGGUUCUCUACCUGUUACGAUCACUUUCCCUCCUUCUGGCAGCAACCCUGGCAGUGUCGUUGUCGAAACCCCGGCUGUCACUCAGCCUCAAGUCAUCGUUCCCAGCGGCUUUAUUCUCACGACCGUUCCGGGAACUGGUUCUCUGCCUGUCACAGUGACCUUCCCCCCCUCUGGCAGCAACCCUGGCAGUGUCGUUGUACAGACUCCUUCGGCCACCACUCAGCCGCAGGUCCAAGUCCCGAGCGACUUCAUCCUAACCACAGUCGUCGGAACAGGCUCAGUGCCCACGACCGUCACGUUCCCUCCCUCGGGCGGCAACCCCGGCAGCGUCGUCGUGAUCCAGACUCCUCCGGCCUCGGCCGCCUCCUCACCGGCUGUGCUGCCCAACACGGCCGUCGUCUUGACGAGCGGUUUUGCAGGCUCUGCCACGUCAACCCUCACCCUCACGCCGUCCUCCGCCGGUGACCCGACAACCCUGGUUGUCCUCGUACCGACCUCGAGCGCCGCCCCCCCUGCGCCGGCCUCCAUCGUCACCCUCACCACGGGAUUCUUCGGAACCGGCGUGGCUACGACGACGCUGGCGCCCGGAGCCGUCGGGGACCCGACGACGGUCCUCAUCCAGACGCCGCUGCCCACCUCCGGGCUGUCGUUCCUCACGACCACCGUGGGGUUCACGGGACUCACGCCGACCACCGUCACCAUCUUCCCCUCGGGAUCGGACACCGUCGGUGCCGUCAUCAUCCAGACUCCUCAGGGUACCGACUCCUCCUCACCCACCACCACUGCGGGCCCGGCAACGACUCCCUUCUCCUUCAUCACCGUCUCUGUCGGAUACUCGGGUCUCGUCACCCAGACGACAACGGUUCUCCCCACAGGCACAGAAAGCGUUGGUCUCGUCCUGAUCCAGACGCCCACGCAGGGUGCUGGCAGCGUCGUGCCGUCCAUCACGGGCUACACCACCAUCACGUCUCCGUACGGCGGCUCCGUCACCCGCACAACAACGCUGCCCCAGAGCGGCACUGAGGCUCUCGGAAUUGUUUUCGUCGAGGUUCCCACCCAGACGACGGACGUCUCGCCGGCCGUCACCCCCUCGGUCGACCCGUCUGCCACCACGCCGGGAUCUUCUUCGGUUACCCCAGCCCCUGGCUUCAACUUCGUCACGACGACUUCGUUAUGGGAUUCCACGGGGAUGAGCACGUCGACCAUCUUCCCCUCGGGAAGCCAGUCUGCCGGCUCCGUCAUUGUCUUCGCCCCCAGGUUCGCACGCUUCGUCACGAUGACCACCGGCUACUCCCAGACCGGCCUGUCGACCACCACGUCGGCCGUGGUCAGCGGCACGGAGACGAUCGGCAUGGUCGUCAUCUUCACUCCCUUUGCAACGGCCUCGGCCACUCCGGAGCCCACGAGCGGUGUCUCUUCGCCGGGUGCUGCGGCGACGGAGACGACGACGACGACGACUCCUCCGGUCUCGUCACCCGCGGCGCUCGCAACCCUCAUCAGCACUUACACGGGAUCUACCCCGACGACGACGACCGUUGCUCCCACCGACCCCAACGGUCAGAGCAUCGUCGUCGUCCUCGUGCCGAGCUCGACCACCGCCGACGCCGCCGCCUCCAGUCCUUCCUCUUCCCCCGCGGCCACUAUCACCACCACCUCGACGGCGGCGAACCCAGGCUUUGCCACGCUCAUCAGCACGUACUCGGGUUCCGUGUUGUCAACCUCGACCAUCCUCCCCUCCGACCCGAACUCGCAGGGCACUCUCAUCGUCUUCGUCCCGAGCAGCUCCGUCAGCGCCGGAACCCCCGUUGUCACGAGCGCCACGAGCGCCACGAGCACGCCGCCCGUGGCCUUUGCGACUCUCACCUCGACGUACUCGGGCUCCGUCACCUCGUUCCAGACUCUGCUGCCCUCGGGCUCCGACUCGACUGGCACUCUGGUCGUCCUCGUCCCGAGCAACGUGCUGGCCUCGCCCACCACGACGCCGAGUGCCGGCUCCUCCUCCUCCUCCUCUCCGGGCAUCGUUACCGUCACAUCGACAUACGGCGGGUCGGUCGUCUCGACGGCCAUCGCAUCCCCGGCCAACCCCGGCGACCCCGGCACCGUCGUCGUUCUGGUUCCCAGCAGCACUGCCGCUUCUACUUCUGCUUCUGCUUCUGCUUCGCCCUCAGUCGGCAACAACCUGUUGACGACGCAGGUGUCGACGUACUCCGGCUCGGUCCCGUUGACGAGCACCAUCGCCCCGGUCAACUCCAACGACCCGACGACGGUCAUCGUUCUCGUCCCGAGCACCACCGCCGCCGCCGCCACCGACCCGGCUGCAACCACGACGGCCCUAACCACGACGGCCCUGGCCGCCGGUCUCUACACGAGCACGUACGGCGGCUCGGUCACCUCGACGUCCGUCGUCGAGACCGGAGCCUCCGGUCAGCCCGGGGUCACCGUCAUCUUCGUCCCGGGCAACACCGCCUCGCCGACUACCACUGCGAGCAGCACCAGCACCAGCACCAGCACCAGCACCGACACCAAUACGGCUUUGCCCGCCGGUCAGUUUACGAGCUUCUACAGCGGCUCGGCCGCCUUCACCUCGACCUUGUCGAACGGAGUCACGGUCGUGUUUGUGCCCACCAACACGGCGGAGGCAUCGUCUUCUUCGUCUCCCACGGCCACGGCUGUUGGCGGUUUGUUCACGAGUUUCUACGGCGGCUCCGUCACCUCGACCUCCGUGGCGCCGACGGGUCCCCUGGGCGAGCCCGGCGCGACCAUCAUCUUUGUCCCGAGUGCCACUUCCACUCCGGCGUUGCCCAACGUCCUGACCAGCACGUAUGACGGCUCCGUCACUCUGACAUCCGUCAUCCCGCCCGCCUCUUCGGGACAACCGACUCAGACGGUCAUCUUCGUCCCGGGUUCAUCUGGCGGCAUCCCGAGUGCCACGACGACGACUACGACUCCUCCGGCUUUGCCGAAUGUCAUCACCAGCACGUACGGAGGCUCGGUCACGUCGACGUCGGUGCUUCCUACCGAUUCUCUGGGCCAACCGGGGCAGACCAUCAUCUUCGUGCCGAGUGCCGCUUCUUCCACCACCUCGGAUCCUGCUGCCACUCCGGCUUUGCCAAAUGUUCUGACCAGCACAUAUGGAGGCUCCGUCACGUUUACAUCCGUAAUCACCACCGGCUCUGCCGGAGAGCCUGGCCAGACUGUCAUCUUCGUGCCGAGCGCUGCUUCUCCCACCACCUCGGAUCCUGCUGCUACUCCAGCUCUGCCGAAUGUUCUGACCAGCACAUAUGGAGGCUCCGUCACGUUUACAUCCGUAAUCACCACCGGUUCUGCCGGAGAGCCUGGCCAGACGGUCAUCUUCGUCCCCAGCUCUACCGGUCCCGCCGGUCUGCCAGAUGUUCUCACGAGCACAUACGGCGGCUCCGUCACUUUCACGUCCGUCAUCCCGCCCGGCUCGUCGGGACAGCCGGCUCAGACGGUCAUCUUCGUCCCGAGUGCGAGCGCCAGUGCUACGGUCACGUCGACGCCGGCCUUGCCCAACGUCCUCACCAGCACGUACGGAGGCUCGGUCACUUUCACCUCCGUGCUUCCCACGGGGUCCCUGGGCGAGCCCGGACAAACCGUCAUUUUCGUCCCGGGCUCUACUGACCCUGCCGGUCUUCCCAACGUUCUCACGAGCACCUAUGGAGGCUCCGUCACCGUUACGUCUGUCAUUACUGGUGCCUCUGGACAGCCUUCUCAGACUGUCAUCUUCGUCCCUAGUGCCACCACAACACAGCCUCUCCCGAACGUGCUGACCAGCACUUACGACGGCUCAGUCACUCUAACAACUGUUGUUCCUGGUACCUCUGGACAGUCUGACCAGACUGUCAUCUUGGUUCCUGGCGCCACUACUACUCCAGCAUUGCCGAAUGUGUUGACCAGCACUUACGACGGCUCAGUCACUCUCACCUCUGUUAUUACUGGUACCUCUGGACAACCUGCUCAAACCGUCAUCUUGGUUCCUGGCGCCACUACUACUCCAGCAUUGCCGAAUGUGUUGACCAGCACGUACGACGGUUCAGUCACUCUGACAACUGUUGUUCCUGGCACCCCUGGGCAGCCUUCUCAGACUGUUAUCCUCGUUCCCGGCAUCACUACUACUCCGGCAUCGCCGAAUGUGUUGACCAGCACUUACGAAGGUUCAGUCACGUUGACAACUGUUAUUCCCGGCAGCUCUGGACAGCCUUCUCAGACCGUCAUCUUGGUUCCCAGCACCACUGCUACUCCGGCGUUGCCGAAUGUGGUGGUGACCAGCACGUACGACGGUUCAGUCACUUUGACAACCGUUGUUCCUGGCACCUCUGGGCAGCCUUCUCAGACUGUCAUCUUGGUUCCCAGUGCCACGACAACUCCAGCAUUGCCAAACGUGCUCACAAGCACGUACGACGGCUCAGUCACGGUGACUUCCGUACUGCCAACUGGCCCGUCUGGAGAACCUGGACAGACGGUUAUUUUCGUCCCUAGUGCGAGCGUCACCCCGGCUCUCCCCAACGUGUUGACCAGCACUUAUGGAGGUUCAGUUACUCUUACAUCUGUUAUCUCCACCGGCCCUGGAGGACCUGGGCAGACAGUCGUCUUCGUUCCUAGUGCCACCGUCACCCCAGCACUUCCGAAUGUCUUGACCAGCACCUAUGACGGCUCAGUCACCUUGACCUCCGUCUUGCCCACUGGCCCGUCUGGAGAGCCCGGCCAGACGGUCAUCUUAGUCCCGAGUGCCACUACUACUCCGGCAUUGCCGAACGUGCUCACUAGCACGUAUGGAGGAUCAGUCACUUUGACUUCUGUGUUGCCUACCGGCCCGUCCGGAGAACCUGGCCAAACGGUCAUCUUUGUCCCCAGUGCCAGCGUCACUCCAGCUCUUCCCAACGUCUUGACCAGCACGUACGGCGGCUCAGUUACCUUGACUUCCGUCUUGCCCACCGGUCCGUCCGGAGAACCCGGCCAGACGGUCAUCUUUGUUCCCAGUGCUGCACCUAGUGCCACACCCACCAUUACCCUUGGCGGUGUGUUGACGAGCACGUACGGCGGCUCCAUCACCUUCACGUCGACGCUGCCCACCGGUCCUUCAGGAGAGCCUGGCGCGACGGUCAUCUUUGUGCCCAGUGUCACCGGAUCUCCAGCUCUUCCCAACGUCCUCACUUCGACAUACACCGGCUCAGUCACUCUCACCACUGCGCUCCCCGUCGGACCUUCGGGAGAAACUGUCACUGUCAUCCUGGUGCCGAGUCAGACGGCCACACCUGGUCUGCCCAAUGUCCUCACAUCAACGUACGGUGGUUCAGUUACCGUCACAAGCACAAUCCCAGUCGGCCCCUCAGGAGACGUCGUUACGGUUAUCUUCGUCCCCAGCUCGACGGCCGCGCCCGGACCGACCACUCCGCCCGGUCUGCCCAACCUCAUCACGUCGACAUACAGCGGCUCCGUCACAGUCACUACCACGUUGCCAGUUGGGCCUUCAGGCGAUGUUGUCACUGUUAUUCUGGUCCCCAGCUCAACGGCGGCGCCUGGCCUUCCCAAUCUCUUGACCAGCACGUACGGUGGAUCCGUCACCGUGACUUCAACACUGACCGUCGGGCCCUCGGGAGAUGUGGUUACUGUCAUCCUGGUGCCGAGCCAGACCACUACACCUGGCUUGCCUAAUAUCCUGACUAGCACGUACGGCGGAUCCGUCACCUCGACUUCUACACUGACAGUUGGUCCAUCUGGAGAUGUCGUCACUGUUAUCCUGGUGCCGAGUCAGACCACGACACCUAGUCUGCCCAACAUCUUGACCAGCACGUACGGCGGGUCCGUCACCUCGACUUCAACCUUGACUGUCGGCCCAUCCGGAGACAUCGUCACUGUCAUCUUGGUUCCGAGCCAGACUGCGGCACCUGGACCUCCUGGCGUUUCUACCAGCACCUAUGAUGGAUCCGUCACACUGACAUCUACUCUGCCGGUUGGCCCCUCGGGCGAACUCGUCACUGUUAUCUUGGUGCCAAGUCAGACAGCCGGCCCCGAGCUUCCCAACGUCCUGACGAGCACGUACGGAGGCUCAGUGACGCUGACCACGACCAUCCCGGUUGGAUCAUCCGGCGGCGUUGCCACAGUCAUUCUGGUCCCGAGUUCGACCAGCUCACCCAGCGCCGGUCUUCCCAACAUCCUCACCAGCACCUAUGACGGCUCUGUCACGCUCACCACGACCCUGCCCAUCGGUCCGUCCGGCGAUCCGGCAACGGUUGUUCUGGUUCCGAGCCAAACAGCGGCUCCCGGUCUCCCCAACGUGUUUACGAGCACUUACGGCGGCUCGAUUACCCAGACAACCACCAUUCUUGGACCUUCUGGUGAUGUGGCCACGGUUAUUCUGGUUCCCAGCUCAACCCCCUCAGCCGGUCCCGGCUUACCCAAUGUUGUUCUCACGAGCACCUACGGCGGCUCCAUCACUCAGACGACUACCAUCGCCGGGCCCUCUGGAGACGUUACAGUCAUCCUGGUUCCCAGCUCAACCGCGGCGCCAGAUACCAGCCUUCCCAACCUUUUCACAAGCACAUACGGAGGCUCUGUCACGCUGACGACUACCAUUUCCGGACCCUCUGGAGGCGUCACAUAUAUCCUGGUUCCCAGCUCAACUGCCUCACCCGGUCCCGGCCUUCCCAAUGUUCUCACGAGCACAUACGGCGGUUCCGUUACUCAAACGACUACCGUCACUGGUCCCUCAGGCGAUGUUGCUACAUUUGUCCUGGUUCCCAGCUCGACUUCGCCGCCAGGCUUGCCCAACCUCUUCACGAGCACAUAUGGCGGCUCCAUCACUCAGACAACUACCAUCCUCGGACCCUCGGGAGACGUCACAGUCAUUCUGGUUCCCAGCUCGACCCCCUCCACUGAUGCCGGACUCCCCAACAUCUUCACCAGCACGUAUGGUGGCUCCAUCACUCAAACGACUACCAUCACUGGACCCUCGGGAGAUGUCACAGUCAUUCUGGUUCCUAGCUCGACUGCGGCGCCAGGUUUGCCCAACAUCUUGACCAGCACAUACGGCGGCUCUGUCACUCAGACGACCACUAUCGCCGGGCCAUCUGGAGAUGCAGUCACUGUCAUCCUGGUUCCUAGCUCAACCGCGGCGCCAGGCUUGCCCAACGUCCUCACCAGCACAUAUGGCGGCUCUGUCACUCAGACGACGACUCUGCCUGUUGGCCCCUCGGGCGACCCGGCGGUCGUGGUUCUCGUGCCAUCCUCAACUGCGGCCGGCCUCCCCAACAUCUUGACGAGCACGUACGAUGGCUCGGUCACCCAGACAUCCACCAUUAUUGGGCCUUCUGGAAUUAUCCAGACCGUUGUGCUGGUUCCGAGCACCACUGGUCCGGCUGCCCCCAACGUUCUUACAUCUACGUAUGGUGGCUCCGUCACUUCAACUACUGUCUUGCCCCUGGGUCCUUCAGGAGAUCCAGUGACCGUGAUACUGGUUCCAAGCACCACUGGACCGGCUGCCCCCAACAUCUUGACGAGCACGUACGAUGGCUCGGUCACCCAGACAUCCACCAUUAUUGGGCCUUCUGGAAUUAUCCAGACCGUUGUGCUGGUUCCGAGCACCACUGGUCCGGCUGCCCCCAACGUUCUUACAUCUACGUACGGAGGCUCCGUCACUUCAACCACGGUCUUACCGCUGGGACCAUCAGGAGACCCAGUGACUGUUAUCUUAGUGCCCAGCACAACAACUGCUGCCCUUCCCAAUGUCUUGACGAGCACCUACAGUGGUUCCGUUACUUCAACCACCGUCUUGCCGCUAGGACCAUCAGGAGAUCCAGUGACUGUUAUACUGGUGCCCAGCUCGACCACCGCUGCCCUCCCCAAUGUCUUGACGAGCACUUACAGCGGUUCCGUUACCUCGACUACCGUUCUGCCCCUGGGCCCUUCGGGAGAUCCAGUAACUGUUAUCUUGGUGCCCAGCACAACAACUGCUGCUCUGCCAAACGUCUUGACGAGCACCUACAGUGGCUCCAUCACUUCAACCACCGUCUUACCACUAGGCCCUUCUGGAGACCCAGUGACUGUUAUACUGGUGCCCAGCUCAACAACUGCUGCCCUCCCCAACGUGUUAACAAGCACAUACAGCGGCUCUGUUACCUCGACUACCGUCCUGCCUCUGGGUCCUUCAGGAGAUCCAGUGACUGUUAUCUUGGUGCCCAGCUCAACAUCCGCCGCUCUUCCCAACGUCCUUACAAGCACUUAUAGCGGCUCUGUCACCCUAACUACCGUCUUGCCUCUUGGGCCGUCUGGCGACCCUUCAACUGUGGUUCUGGUGCCUAGCACGACAGCUCCCGCUCUCCCCGACGUGUUGACAAGCACGUAUAGCGGCUCCGUCACAUUGACUACCGUCUUGCCCCUCGGCCCAUCCGGAGACCCUUCGACUGUGGUCUUGGUCCCGAGCUCAACUGGGCCUGCAGCCCCCAACCUGUUCACGUCUACAUACGGUGGCUCCAUCACUCAAACGACCACCAUCACCGGACCCUCGGGCGAUGUUGCUACAGUCAUCCUGGUCCCCAGCUCAACGGCUGCUCCUGGUCUCCCCAAUGUGUUGACAAGUACGUACGAUGGCUCAGUCACCCAGACAACUACGCUUCCCGGUGGAAACACUCUGGUUCUUGUUCCGAGUUCCACGGGCGCGCCGGCUCCUGGUCCCUUCACCAGUACGUAUGACGGAUCAGUCGUUCAGACAACUACGCUUCCCGGCGGAAACACUCUGGUGCUGGUCCCGAGCUCGACGGGCGUACCGGUCCCUGGUCCUUUCACUAGUACAUAUGAUGGAUCAGUCACUCAGACGACUACCCUCGCAGGUGGAAACACUUUGAUUCUUGUCCCGAGCUCCACUGGCGGCGCUCCAGUUCCUGGUCCCUUCACCAGCACCUAUGAUGGAUCGGUUACUCAGACAACCACUCUUGCGGGUGGCAACACUCUGAUCCUUGUCCCGAGUGCCUCGACGACUCCUCCCUCGGCGGCUCUUCCGAAUGUCCUGACCAGCACGUACGAUGGUUCUGUUACCCAGACAACCACCCUUCCCGGUGGAAGCACGCUGGUCCUCGUUCCAAGCUCAACAGGUGCACCGGCUCCUGGCCUGUUCACCAGCACAUAUGGUGGUUCUGUCACUCAAACCACCACGCUUCCUGGCGGAGACACUCUGGUUCUUGUUCCGAGCCCAACAAGCGCGGCUCUCCCCAACAUCCUGACAAGCACGUAUGGCGGUUCUGUCACUUUUACAUCUACUAUUCUUCCCGGCUCAUCGGGCGAGCCUGGCGCAACCAUCAUCUUCGUGCCUAGUUCCACAGACGCGAGCUCGCCUGGCCCCUUUACGAGCACAUAUGGUGGCUCGGUCACAUUGACAACGACUUUGCCUGCUGGUCCUUCGGGAGAGCCUGGAGCAACUGUCAUCCUGGUGCCCUCGUCGACGACCGCACUGCCCAACAUCUUCACCAGCACAUACGGCGGUUCUGUCACAUUGACAACCACUCUUCCUGCUGGUCCUUCUGGAGAGCCUGGAGCGACAGUCAUCUUGGUUCCUUCAUCAACCACGGCAUUGCCUAAUGUGUUUACCAGCACGUAUGGUGGCUCGGUCACAUUGACCACGACUCUGCCUCCAGGCUCCUCCGGCGAACCGGGAGCGACGGUCAUCCUGGUUCCGUCGUCACCGGCAGCCUCGACAACAGCAUUGCCCAACAUCUUCACCAGCACAUACGACGGCUCUGUCACCUUGACAACCACCCUCCCUGCCGGAUCGUCUGGCGAGCCUGGUGCAACCGUGAUCUUGGUUCCAUCCGCAGCAACCACAGCCUUGCCCAACGUCUUCACCAGCACGUACGGCGGAUCAAUCACGCAAACCACGACUCUCCCGCCUGGCCCCUCUGGAGAGCCUGGCAUCACAGUCAUCUUGGUUCCGUCCUCGACGAUUGCCUCGACAACUGCGUUGCCGAAUGUCUUCACCAGCACAUACGGCGGCUCAGUCACGCAAACCACGACUCUGCCGCCAGGCCCGUCGGGCGAGCCUGGUCCGAUUGUCAUUUUGGUGCCGAGCUCUACGCAGCCGCUGCCCAAUGUCUUCACCAGCACUUAUGGCGGAUCGGUCACUCUCACGAGCACGUUCCCAGCAGGCCCAUCCGGCGAGCCUGGUUCUGUGGUUGUCCUUGUGCCCAGCACGACGCCCGCGCUUCCCAACGUUCUCACGAGCACAUACGGCGGUUCGGUGACGCUGACCUCGGUCUUCCCGACUGGGCCCAGCGGCGAGCCUGGCUCCACGGUCAUCUUCGUUCCUAGCAGUACGGCCGCGCUGCCCAUUGUCUUCACGAGCACCUAUGAUGGCUCCGUCACUCUUACGUCCACCUUCCCGGCCGGACCUAGCGGACAGCCCGGGUCGACAGUUGUCUUUGUGCCUAGCAUCCCUGGUGCUAGCAGCACUCCGGCUCUCCCGAACGUACUGACCAGCACUUACGAUGGAUCUGUCACUUUGACAUCUGUGUUCCCCACCGGACCUAGUGGUGAGCCUGGAUCGACGGUCAUCUUUGUCCCUAGCGUCACCGGCACGGCCACUCCGGCUCUGCCGAACGUGCUGACCAGCACCUAUGCUGGAUCUGUUACUUUGACCUCUGUAUUCCCCACUGGACCCAGCGGCGAGCCUGGCUCCACGGUCGUAUUCGUUCCCAGCAGUACCGCUGCGCUGCCUAAUGUCUUCACCAGCACUUACGAUGGAUCCGUCACUUUGACCUCGGUGUUCCCUACUGGACCCAGCGGUGAGCCUGGAUCAACGGUCGUCUUCGUGCCUAGCAUCACCGGUACAACCACUCCGGCACUGCCGAAUGUGUUGACUAGCACGUAUGACGGGUCUGUCACUUUGACAUCUGUGUUCCCUACAGGACCCAGUGGGCAGCCUGGAUCGACGGUUGUCCUUGUUCCCAGCAUCAUCGGUGCUUCAACGACGACGCCCGCCGGCCCGAACAUCUUGACCAGCACGUACGAUGGGUCUGUCACGUUGACCUCGGUAUUCCCUACUGGGCCCAGCGGCCAGCCUGGCUCAACAGUGGUAUUUGUGCCCAGCCUUACAAGCGGAAUCAGCAGUCCUUCUGUUGCACCCAACGUGUUGACCAGCACUUACGACGGCUCUGUGACGUUGACUUCGACAUUGCCCGGGGGAUCAACCAUCGUCCUGGUGCCAAGCGGCUCGACUACUCCAUCCGCCGCUCUUCCGAACGUUCUUACCAGUACCUAUGAUGGCUCCGUCACGUCAACAUCUACGUUGCCUGGAGGAUCAACAGUCAUCCUGGUUCCGAGUGCCUCUGUUACUUCAUCGGCGGCUCUUCCGAACGUCUUGACCAGCACGUACGGUGGCUCUGUCACAUUGACAUCGACGUUGUCCGAUGGUUCGACCGUCAUCCUGGUGCCAAGCGCUUCAACUACUCCUUCAGCAACUCUCCCCGGUAUCUUGACCAGCACCUACGAUGGAUCUGUCACGUUGACCUCAACAUUGUCCGAUGGGUCAACCGUCAUCCUGGUCCCGAGUGCCUCCACCACUCCUACGGCUCUUCCCAACGUGCUAACCAGUACCUACGAUGGGUCCGUCACUUUGACCUCGACAUUGCCCGGUGGAUCAACAGUUGUUUUGGUGCCAAGCGCUUCAACUACUCCUUCAGUUGCACCCAACGUGCUGACCAGCACUUACGAUGGAUCUGUCACCUUGACCUCGACCUUGCCCGGUGGCUCAACAGUGAUCUUGGUUCCGAGUGCCUCGACCACUCCUUCGGCCGCUCUCCCCAACGUGCUAACCAGCACCUACGGCGGCUCAGUGACCCAGACCACAACCAUUGCCGUCGGCCCGUCGGGAGAAUCCAGCGUGAUCGUUCUCGUUCCCAGCUCCCCGGUCGACACGUCCUCCCGCAGUAUCUCAUUCGUCACCAUCACCAGCACCUACACCGGCUUGGUUCCCUCGGCAACGACCGUCCUGCCCACGGGCACCGAUGAUGCGGGCACCGUCAUCAUUCUCGAGCCGACGUCCACUAUCAGCGCCUCUCCCGGCCUGUUCAUCACCGUCACCAGUGGGUACACCGGCUCGACGACUUCGACGUCCACGGUGCUUCCUACGGGCACCGAGACGGUCGGCGCCGUCAUCAUCCUCGUGCCCACGAGCGCCGUCUCAGUCAGCUUCACGACCAUCACGAGCGGAUACACGGGCGUGGUCGAGUCGACGUCCACCAUCUUCCCAACCGGAACCGACACUGUCGGCACCGUCGUCAUCCUGGAACCCACGGCCACCGCGGCGCCCAGCGUCACAAUCUCUUAUACGACUGUCAUCAGCACCUACGCCGGGUCUCUUCUGUCGACCUCGACACAGGCCCCCGCCGGCACCGAUUCCGUUGGGACCGUCAUCCUGCUGGUACCAAGCUCCAGCGUGUCCAUCCCUGGCGUCUCGUCGUACACCACCGUUACGAGCACUUACGCCGGCUCGCAGCUUCUCGUCUCUACCGCUGCACCAUCAGGCACUGAUACUGUCGGCACGGUCAUCAUCUUUGAGCCUGCUCUCACGACAGCUUCUUCCGAGGUCUUGUCUACCGAGACUUCUGUCUCGGCUACUUCUGCAAGCAUCACCGCAUUGCCCGCUAGCCUCUCAACAAUUACAAGUGGAUACAGCGGUUCCGUCACGCAGACCACGACUAUCCCCCCUGACCCGCAAGAUACAAACGGCGUCAGCACCGUCAUCGUGCAAGUUCCGACCUCUGGGGCCUCGUCGUCGGCACUACCGACUACCUCUGGAGCCUCGUCGUCGGCAUUACCAAUUACCUCUGGGAUCCAGACCUCUCUUCUCACGUCGUCGUCCACUUCCGGCACGACCAGCUACACGACCAUCACGAGAGGAUACAGUGGCUCCGUCACCAGAACAACGACUCUUCCUCCUGACCCGGAUGACACAAACAGCGUCUACGCCGUCAUUGUCGAGGUCCCCGAGUCCCAGACGACGACCGAGAGCGACGGCCCCACAUCGACCGAUAUCAUCCCGACCGACCCCACUUCUGCCGACCCCACCGGAGCGGCGAGUCGGUCUUACACCACCAUCUUCAGCACCGGCACCGGAUCUGUGGCUGGCACGACCACGAUCGAGCCAUCCAGCGGCGAUCCUGCCAAUGUUGGAACUGUCAUCGUCAACCUUCCCAAUGUCCUGGCCACGCCGAGCCCGACAAGCAGCGCCGGCAUCGUUUACACCACCAUCGUCAGCUUCUACUCGGGUUCCAUCCCGGUCACGAGCACGUUCGGCCCGGCGGCUGGAGAGGGGACUGGAACGGUGGUCAUCCAGGUUCCUCUCACCACUUCUGGCAUUUCGGUUUCUCCUGGAAGCUUCUUCACGACCGUCUUCAGCACUUACGAUGGUUCCGUGACUCUCACGACGACCAUCCCCCCCGCGGGACCCUCGGAAACCGGAACGGUUAUUGUCCAAGUUCCCAGCAACGUCCUGGCCUCUCCCAGCAUCUCCUACACGACGAUCACGAGCCCCUUCACCGGCUCGGUGCCCCAGACCACAACCAUUGCCCCUGGGGUUCCUGGAGGCCUGGGUACCGUCAUCGUCCAAGUCCCGACGAGCUCUGCCAGCGCGGAUGCUGUAUCGUACGUGACCAUCACCAGCGGCGGCUUCACCGGCCUGGUGCCCGCGACGACGACAAUCCCGCCGGCCAACCCCGGAGACUCCGGCACUGUCAUCGUGCAGGUGCCGGAUCCGACGCUGGCGAGCGGCAUCCUUUACACGACCGUCACGAGCGGCUACGACGGCUCCGUCACCCUCACCUCGAGCCUCCCUCUGGCCACCGUCGGCGGAUCUCCCGUGCAGACAGUCGUCGUCCAGGUGCCCACGGCCUCGGUCGCGAGCGGAAUCCUCUUCACGACCGUCACAAGCGGCUACGCCGGAUCCGUCACGCAGACCACCAGCCUGCCCCUCGGCACCGUCGGCGGUUCUCCGGUCCAGACGGUCGUCGUGCAGGUCCCGACCGCCACGAGUGCUCUGGGCGCGCAGUACACGACCCUGACCAGCGGCUACGGCGGCUCCAUCAUCGCGACCGAGACGGGCACCCUCACCGGCGCCGACGGUCUCGUGACCGUCAUCGUGCUGUCGCCGACGGCCAUCACGCUACCAACCGCCACGGCAAGCCCUGGACUGUUCAUCACCGUCACCUCCGGGUACGGCGGAUCCGUCACGGCCACCUCGACCGGAUCGGUCACUGGGGCCGACGGGCUCGUUACUGUGGUUAUCCAGACUCCGACGGCAACGCUUCUGCCCGGGCUUUCCUACACGACGGUCACGAGUGGCUACGGCGGCUCGGUUGUUCAGACCAUCGUCGGGUCUUCUACCGGCGCGGAUGGUCUGGCGACGGUUGUUAUCCAGACACCGACUGCAACGGUUCUGCCUGGGCUGUCUUACACGACCGUUACCAGCGGAUAUGGCGGCUCGGCUGUCCAGACUGUUAUUGGAACGGCCACUGGAGCCGACGGUCUGGCCACCGUUGUGAUCCAGACUCCCACGGUAACUGUCCUGCCUGGGCUGUCUUACACCACUGUUACCAGUGGUUACGGAGGCUCAGUCGUCCAGACUGUUGUUGGUACGGCUACUGGAGCGGAUGGUCUGGCCACUGUUGUGAUCCAGACUCCCACGGUAACAGUCUUGCCUGGUGUUUCGUACACGACCGUCACCAGUGGCUAUGGAGGCUCAAUCGUCCAGACUGUCGUUGGAACCGCCACCGGUGCAGAUGGCUUGGCCACGGUUGUUAUUCAGACUCCGACUGCGACCGUCCUGCCUGGCGUUUCCUAUACGACUGUUACCAGUGGUUACGGCGGUUCAGUUGUCCAGACUAUCAUCGGAACAGCUACAGGAGCGGAUGGUCUGGCCACCGUUGUUAUUCAGACCCCAACUGCGACGGUUUUGCCUGGCCUCGCGUACACCACCGUCACUACUGGAUAUGCAGGCUCGGUUGUCCAGACUCUUGUUGGCACAUCGACCGGCGCCGAUGGUUUGGCGACAGUUGUCAUCCAGACGCCCACCGUCGGCAUCACAUCGCCUUCGUCAACAAUCCCAGGCCUGUCAUACACUACAGUCACCAGCGGUUAUGGCGGCUCUGUUCUUCAGACGCUUAUUGGAACGGCCACUGGGGCCGACGGUCUGGCCACCGUUGUUAUUCAAACCCCAACUGCAACCGUUCUGCCUGGUCUUGUAUACACCACUGUUACUACUGGAUACGCAGGCUCGGUUGUCCAGACCCUCAUCGGCACCGCCACAGGCGCUGAUGGAUUGGCAACCGUUGUCAUCCAGACGCCCACUGCCGGCAUCACACUGCCUUCGUCAACCAUCCCCGGCCUAUCAUACACUACAGUCACCAGUGGAUACGGCGGUUCUGUGCUUCAGACGCUUAUUGGAACGGCCACAGGCGCUGAUGGAUUGGCAACCGUUAUCAUCCAGACGCCCACUGCCGGCAUCACACUGCCUUCGUCAACCAUCCCCGGCCUGUCUUACACGACGGUCACCAGUGGCUACGGCGGCUCUGUGCUUCAGACCCUCAUCGGCACCGCAACGGGGCCCGAUGGUUUGGCUACUGUUGUCAUCCAGACGCCCACCGCCGGCAUCACAUCGCCUUCGUCAACCAUCCCCGGACUGUCUUACACGACGGUCACCAGUGGUUACGGCGGCUCUGUGCUUCAGACCCUCAUCGGCACCGCCACGGGGGCCGACGGCCUGGCCACCGUUGUCAUCCAGACGCCGACCUUGGCUCCGGGUCUCUCGUACACAACCGUUACCAGCGGUUACGGAGGCUCUUUGCUCCAGACUCUUAUUGGUACCGCCACGGGACCUGACGGCCUUGCCACUGUUGUCAUCCAAACGCCCACUGCUGCUAUCACUUCGCCUUCUUCAACGGUGCCAGGACUCUCAUACACAACCGUGACCAGCGGGUAUGGCGGCUCCGUCCUCCAGACUCUCAUCGGCACGGCCACCGGCGCCGACGGCCUGGCAACGGUUGUUAUCCAGACUCCGACGACGGUUCCAGGACUAUCUUAUACGACCGUGACCAGCGGCUACGGCGGUUCCGUCCUCCAGACUCUUAUUGGCACGGCCACCGGCGCCGACGGCCUCGCGACUGUUGUUAUCCAGACUCCGACGGCCGUUCCAGGACUGUCCUAUACGACGGUCACGAGCGGCUACGGCGGCUCCGUGCUCCAGACCCUCAUCGGCACGGCUACCGGCGCCGACGGCCUGGCAACGGUUGUUAUUCAGACGCCGACGGCGGCCCCGGGGCUCUCUUACACAACCGUUACCAGUGGGUACGACGGUUCUGUACUACAAACCCUCAUCGGAACGGCCACUGGCGCGGAUGGCUUGGCCACGGUGGUUAUCCAGACCCCGACUCUUGCCGCGUCUCCCUCAACCACACUUGCUGGUCUCUCGUACACCACAAUCACGACCGGUUACGGAGGCUCUGUUCUCCAGACUCUCAUCGGAACUGCCACUGGCGCCGACGGACUCGCCACGGUGGUUAUCCAGACGCCGACUAUCGCCCCUGGCCUCUCUUACACCACAGUCACAACCGGUUAUGGCGGCUCUGUUCUCCAGACGCUCAUUGGAACGGCCACUGGGCCUGAUGGCCUGGCUACUGUGGUUAUCCAAACUCCGACUGCAUUGUUGCCUUCAACCACACUUCCUGGUCUUUCAUACACUACCGUCACAAGCGGUUAUGACGGAUCUGUUCUUCAGACGCUUGUCGGAACGGCCACUGGGCCUGAUGGUCUUGCCACCGUGGUUAUCCAAACCCCGACUUCGUUGCCUUCAACCACACUUCCUGGCCUUUCAUACACCACAGUCACAACCGGUUAUGGCGGCUCUGUUCUCCAGACACUCAUUGGAACGGCUACUGGGCCUGACGGUCUUGCUACUGUAGUUAUCCAAACCCCGACUGCAUUGUUGCCUUCAACCACACUCCCUGGUCUUUCAUAUACGACAGUCACCAGCGGAUAUGGCGGAUCUGUUCUUCAGACGCUUGUCGGAACGGCCACUGGGCCUGAUGGCCUGGCUACUGUGGUUAUCCAAACUCCGACUGCGGUAUUGCCUUCAACCACACUUCCUGGCCUUUCAUACACGACAGUCACCAGCGGAUAUGGCGGAUCGGCCCUCCAGACGCUCAUCGGCACCGCCACCGGAGCCGACGGCCUCGCAACGGUCAUCGUACAAGUCCCGACAGGAUCGACUACCGUCGCUCCCUUGCCGUCGACCACGGUCCCCGGUCUUUCAUACACCACGGUUACGAGUGGCUACGACGGAACGUUCCUCCAGACUCUCAUCGGCACCGCCACCGGCGCCGACGGGCUGGCCACGGUCAUCGUCCAAGUUCCCACUUCGACGGCUUCUCCCACGACCUCCGUCAGCCAGGUCUUCGUCUCGUACAUCACCGUCACCACUGGCUACGCCGGCUCCGUCACGCUGUCCCAGACCGUCGAGCCGGCCGCCUCCGGUCUCCCCGGCACCGUCUUUAUCCAGAUCCCGACCAACGUUGCUUCAACCACGCCGUCGGCGAGCGUGUCCGAUGCCGUCUCCUACACGACCAUCACGACCUUCAUCACGGCGUCCGCCACGCAGAUCACCACGCUCCCCGUGUCUCGGCCUGGCGAUGUUGUCACGGUGCUCGUCGGCGCCCCCCGAAUCCUCAGGUUCGCCACGACGACGAUCCCGGGUCUCUCGGCCUUGGCGACGUCGACUCUACCCAUCGGCCCCGACGGCGUUCAGACGAUCCUGAUACAGGUGCCCGAGUCCCUCUCGGCGUCGUCGACAGGCGCCGGCGGCCUGACGACCGUCUUCAACACGUACGCCGGCUCCGUGACCCUCGUCUCGACCGGUACUCCGGCCCAGCCCGGCGACCAGACCACCGUCUUCGUCCAGCUGCCCGGAGCCACCGUCUCCGAGAUCACGACGACACGGUUCGGCGCGUCCUCGGCCGGCACUACAACGAUCCCGCCGGCGAUCUCCGGUCUGCCGGCCACCGUCGUUGUCGAUGUCCCUGUCGUCUUCUCGACCGUCACGAGCGGAUACUCGGGUCUCGUGCCGGCGACGACGACGAUCCUGCCGACGGACUCCACGGGCGUCGGUCUCGUCAUCAUCCAGACUCCCACCACCUCGGGCAGCCUGCCGUCGGUCACUCCGUCCACCGUCUUCACGACCGCUCCGGGCACCGGCCUUGUGCCUCAGACGACCACCGUCACCGGCGCAGAUGGCGUUGUCUCUGUCAUUGUCCAGACUCCCACGUCCGGCAUCCCCGGAAGCACCGCCUUCACCACGAGGCCUGGAACCGGUCUCUUGCCGACCUCGACUACGGUCACUGGCGCGGAUGGAGUUGUCUCCGUCAUUGUCGAGACUCCUACCGCCGGCCCCUCGGGCACCACAGUUUUCACCACAGCCCCUGGAACCGGCCUCGUGCCGCAGACGACCACGGUCACUGGCCCUGAUGGCGUUGUGUCUGUCAUUCUGCAGACUCCUACAACAUCUGGCCAAGCACUUUCUACGGUCUUCACCACGGCUCCCGGAACUGGCCUCGUGCCGCAGACAACAACUGUUACUGGCCCUGACGGAGUUGUUUCUGUUAUUUUGCAGACUCCCACUACGUCUAACCAGGCUGUCUCUACAGUCUUCACUACGGCUCCCGGUACUGGCCUUGUGCCUCAGACAACAACAGUCACUGGUCCAGAUGGCGUUGUGUCUGUCAUUCUGCAGACUCCCACCACGUCUGGCCAAGCACUAUCCACGGUUUUCACCACAGCGCCUGGAACCGGACUUGUACCUCAGACGACUACGGUCACUGGCCCUGACGGAGUUGUUUCUGUCAUUCUGCAGACUCCCACAACAUCUGUCCAAGCACCCUCCACCGUCUUCACCACGGCUCCCGGAACUGGUCUCGUGCCCCAGACGACAACAGUCACCGGCCCUGAUGGCGUUGUCUCUGUCAUUCUUCAGACUCCCACAACUCCUGGACAGGCUCUUUCGACAGUCUUUACAACAGCCCCUGGCACUGGAUCUGUCGUGGCCACAACCACGGUUACUGGCCCUGACGGUGUUGUCUCGGUCAUCUUGCAGACUCCUACUACCUCCGGACAGGCUCUGUCAACUGUCUUCGUCACUACUGCGGGUACGGGGCCGUUGCCUCAGACAACAACAGUCACGGGCGCCGACGGAGUGGUCUCGGUUAUUCUUCAGACCCCGACUUCCAGCGUUGGGGCCCCUACAACCGUCUUCACGACGGCUGCUGGCACUGGAUCUGUUGUGGCUACGACGACCGUCACCGGCCCUGACGGUGUUGUCUCGGUUGUCCUGCAGACUCCCACCACAUCCGGCCAGGUUCUUUCAACCGUCUUCGUCACUACUGCAGGCACAGGGCCGUUGCCUCAGACUACAACAGUCAUCGGCGCCGACGGAGUGGUCUCGGUCAUUCUCCAGACCCCGACUUCCAGCGCAGGAGCCCCGACAACGGUCUUCACUACGGCCGCCGGCACCGGCUCCGGCGUGGCCACGACGACCAUCACCGGCCCCGAUGGAGUCGUGUCCGUCAUCGUCCAGACGCCGACGCAGACGCCCGUCAACCCGACCACCGUCUUUACAACUUCCCUCACCUCUGGCGGCCCGGUUGCGUCGACAUUCACUCUGCCGGCGGCCGACUCUACCGGUAUCCCUACCGUCGUCAUCCAGACCCCGACCGCCAGCCCCAGCGUGGCUGCCGAUCCUUUCACAACCAUCACCAUCACCGGCUCCGUCGCAACGACCUUCUCGGUCCCCGCUGUCGGCUCGGGCAUCGGGACCGUCAUCGUACAAGUCACCGGCACCUCUACACCGACGUCGUCCCCGGCGAGCGUGUCGUUCACAACCGUCUUCUCGGGCGUGUCCGGGCCCUUUGUCGGGCCCCAGACCACGACGUUGCCUGCCGGCCCCGACGGAGUGGUCACCGUGGUCGUCCAGAGCGCGAUCCCGACGUCGUCCAGCAUCUCAUACACGACGGUGUUCACGGGUGUCCCGGGAGCCUUCAUCGGACUGCAGACCAGCACUCUGCCGGCCGGCCCCGACGGCGUCGCCACGGUGCUCGUCCAGAGUGCCCUUCCCACUGCCAGCCCGACGUCCUACACGACUGUUUUCACCGGGAUCCCUGGCACGUUGGCUGGACCUCAGACAAGCACGCUUCCUGCCGGCGCCGACGGAGUUGCCACUGUCAUCAUCCAGACGGCUCUGCCCACCGCAGCGCCCACCGCCAGCGUCAGCACCGUGUACAUCACCAUCGUCACCGGCAUCUUCGGCUCCUUCACCGGGACUCAGACGACCACUCUGCCCGUCCUGUCCAUCCCCAGCAUCGGCAUCGGUUUCGGCGUCACGGCCACCGUCCUUCUCCAGACAGCCAUCCCCUCGCCGAGCAUCACCUCGUACACCACGAUUUCGACUGGUGUCGUGGGAUCCUUUACCGGAACCCGCACCACGACGCUUCCGGGUGUUGGCCCCGACGGUUUGGUCACCGUCGUUCUCGAGACGACCGUCCCGGCGGCCCUCUCGUACACGACUCUGGUUACUGGCGUGCCCGGAGUGUUCACGGGCACUCAGACGACGACUCUGACGGGCAUCGGUGCCAACGGCCUUGGUACUGUUCUUCUCCAGACCGCCAUCCCGCUGGCCACAUCUUACACGACCAUCUUCAGCGGUAUCGUUGGCGGCGCUUUUACCGGGACACAGACAACGACUCUGCCCGGCACCGGUGCCGACGGCUUGGCCACGGUCGUUCUCCAGACGGCACUCCCGUUGGCCACCUCCUAUACAACUGUCUUCAGCGGGAUCAUCGGCGGCGCCUUCACCGGAACCCAGACAACAACUCUGCCCGGAACUGGUGCCGACGGCCUCGGAACCGUCGUUCUGCAGACGGCACUUCCUUUGGCCACCUCCUAUACAACCGUCUUCAGCGGUAUUAUUGGCGGUGCUUUUACCGGGACACAGACGACAACUCUGCCCGGCACCGGUCCAAACGGUCUUGGAACCGUCGUUCUGCAGACCGCACUCCCGCUGGCCACAUCGUACACGACCAUCUUCAGUGGUAUCGUCGGCGGCGCCUUUACCGGAACGCAGACGACGACUCUUCCUGGAACUGGUGCCGAUGGUCUUGGAACUGUUGUCUUACAGACGGCACUUCCUUUGGCCACCUCCUAUACCACCGUCUUCAGCGGUAUCAUCGGCGGCGCCUUCACCGGAACACAAACAACAACUCUGCCCGGCACCGGUCCAAACGGUCUUGGAACCGUCGUCCUGCAAACGGCACUUCCGCUGGCCACAUCGUACACAACCAUCUUCAGCGGCAUCAUCGGGGACUUCACCGGAACCCAGACGACGACUCUGCCCGGCACCGGCGCCGACGGCCUCGGGACUGUCGUCCUGCAGACGCCCAUCCCCACGACGAGUCUCACUUACACGACUCUGGUCACGGGCAUCGCCGGGGACUUCACCGGCACCCGGACAUCCACGCUGCCCGUCGUCGGCUCCGGCAACGUGGCGACUGUCCUCCUCCAGACCGCCCUCCCUGUGGUUUCUUACACGACGCUCCUGAUCGGCGUGCCGGGAUCCUUCACCGGCACGCAGACGUCCACGCUACCCUUGGUCGGAAGUGGCGGCGUGGCCACGGUCGUGCUCCAGACGGCUCUGCCAUCCUCCACCGGCCUGUCCUCGACCUCGUCCGUCAUCGUCAUCAACACCUCGUACGUGACCAUCAUAACCGGAAUAUUCGGCGGGUUCUCCGGCACGCAGACGACGACGCUGCCGCCCGACGCCAGCAACCCGGGGCUCGUCACCGUGGUGCUCCAGACGGCCAUCCCCAGCCCCGGCACGACGCUGUACACGACGAUCCUCACCGGCGUGACCGGCGUGACCUUUGCCGGCACGAGGGUGACAACUCUCCCCGUCAUCGGAACCGUCGGCACCGUCCUUCUGGAGACGGCCAUCCCCGAUAUUGUGCCGGUCACCUCGUACAUCACCAUUCCCACCGGUGUUCUCGGCGAGACGUUCCUCGGCACCCGGUUCUCGACUCUGCCGGUUACGGGGACUAUUGGUACCGUGUUGCAGCAGACUGCCAUCCCGGAUCCAGUCACUUCAUAUGUCACCAUCCCAACGGGUGUUCUCGGGGCCACGUUCAUCGGGACCCGGCUCACCACGCUUCCGGUCACUGGAACCAUUGGAACCGUGUUGCAGCAGACUGCGAUCCCGGAUCCUGUCACCUCGUACAUCACCAUUCCCACCGGUAUUCUUGGCGAGACGUUCCUCGGUACUCGGUUCUCAACCCUGCCGGUUACUGGCACCAUCGGUACCGUGUUGCAACAGACUGCGAUCCCAGACCCAGUCACUUCAUAUGUCACCAUUCCUACCGGUAUUCUCGGGGAGACAUUCCUCGGCACUCGGUUCUCAACCCUGCCGGUCACUGGCACCAUCGGUACCGUGUUGCAGCAAACCGCCAUCUUGGAUCCGGUCACUUCGUACGUCACAGUUCCCACCGGUAUCCUUGGUGAGACAUUCCUCGGCACCCGGUUCUCGACUCUGCCGGUCACGGGUACUAUUGGAACCGUUCUCCAGCAAACUGCCAUCCCCAACCCGGUCACUUCCUACACGACCGUCUUCAGCGGCAUCACGGGCCUCACCGGGCCUCUCACCUCGACCCUCCCGGCCACCGGCACCCUCGCGACGGUGGUCAUCCAGACGGCCCUGCCCGUCGUGCCCGUCACCUCGUACACAACGAUCUUCACCGGAAUCCAGGGCAACUUUGCCGGCCUGCAGACGACAACCCUGCCCGUCUCCGGCUCGCUCGGCACCGUCCUCGUCCAGUCGGCCCUGCCGUUCGUCACCUCCUACACCACAGUCUUUAGCGGUGUCACGGGUCUCGCCGGUCCUCUCACCUCAACCCUCCCGGCGACGGGUACUCUCGCGACCGUCGUCGUCCAGACCGCGUUGCCCGUCGUCACUUCGUACACCACCGUCUUCAGCGGCGUUGUUGGCCUUGUCGGCGCUCCGCUCACCUCCACGCUGCCGGCCACGGGAGAUCUGGCCACUGUUGUCAUCCAGACUGCUCUGCCUGUGGUCACAUCAUACACCACAGUCUUCAGCGGUGUUGCUGGCCUCCCUGGCGCUCCGAUCACGUCCACUCUUCCUGCAACUGGCAGCGUUGCCACCGUCGUCAUCCAGACGGCCCUGCCCGUGGUCACCUCCUAUACCACCAUCUUCAGCGGCGUCACUGGUCUUGCAGGCCCGCUCACUUCCACGUUGCCAGCAACGGGAGAUCUGGCAACUGUUGUCAUCCAGACUGCCCUACCCGUGGUUACCUCCUUCACAACUGUCUUCAGCGGCGUCACGGGUCUGGUUGGAGCACCGCUCACGUCCACCCUUCCAGCAACUGGAAACCUGGCAACUGUGGUUAUUCAGACUGCUUUGCCCGUGGCCACUUCAUUUACCACCAUCUUCAGCGGCGUCGCAGGUCUUACUGGUGCUCCUAUUACAUCGACUCUCCCUGCAACUGGAAACCUGGCAACCGUCGUCAUUCAAACUGGUCUGCCUAUCGUCACCUCUUACACGACGAUUUUCAGCGGCGUCACUGGUCUCGUCGGAGCUCCGCUUACAUCCACCCUUCCUGCAACUGGAGAUCUCGCGACUGUUGUUAUCCAGACCGCGUUGCCCGUUGUUACCUCGUUUACGACGGUCUUCAGCGGCGUCGCAGGUCUUACUGGUGCUCCUAUUACAUCGACUCUCCCUGCAACUGGAAACCUGGCAACCGUCGUCAUUCAAACUGGUCUGCCUAUCGUCACCUCUUACACAACGGUCUUCAGUGGCAUCACCGGUCUCGUCGGCGCUCCACUCACGUCAACACUUCCAGCAACUGGAAACCUGGCAACAGUUGUUAUCCAAACUGCCCUGCCCGUUGUUACUUCUUACACAACUGUUUUCAGCGGCAUCACUGGUCUCGUUGGAGCUCCAUUGACAUCCACCCUCCCGGCAACAGGAGAUCUCGCGACCGUGGUUAUCCAGACUGCUCUGCCCAUCGCCACGUCAUACACGACAGUCUUCAGCGGUGUUGUCGGCCUCACUGGCGUCCCCAUCACGUCAACGCUGCCGGCAACUGGAAACCUGGCAACUGUUCUUAUCCAGACUGCUUUGCCUGUUGUCACCUCGUAUACAACGCUGUUCAGCGGCGUGACUGGCCUCAGCGGCCUCGUCACAAGCACCCUGCCGGCCACCGGCAGCAUUGCGACUGUCGUUAUUCAGACCGGGCUUCCCAUUGUCACGUCAUACACGACGAUUUUCAGCGGCAUCACUGGCCUUGCCGGGCCGGUCACAAGCACACUGCCAGGAAGUGGCGGCUUUGGAACAGUUCUUAUUCAGACCGCCUUGCCUGUUGUCACCUCCUAUACCACUGUUUUCAGCGGCGUCACUGGCCUCGUUGGUGCUCCGCUCACUUCCACACUGCCGGCAACAGGAAAUCUGGCGACGGUUGUCAUCCAGACUGCCUUGCCUGUCGUCACCUCCUACACGACGGUUUUCAGCGGCGUUACUGGCCUCGUUGGGCCCCUUACCUCCACCCUUCCAGCGUCUGGAAAUUUGGCGACUGUUGUUAUACAAACUGCCUUGCCUGUGGUUACGUCUUACACUACGGUCUUCAGCGGCGUCACCGGCCUUGCCGGUCCGCUCACGUCAACCCUUCCAGCAUCUGGAAACCUGGCAACUGUCGUUAUACAAACGGCGUUGCCUAUUGUCACCUCCUAUACAACAGUUUUCAGCGGCGUCACCGGCCUCGCCGGCCCGCUUACAUCCACCCUCCCGGCAUCUGGAAACCUGGCGACUGUUGUCAUCCAGACGGCCUUACCUGUGGUCACCUCUUAUACGACGGUUUUCAGCGGCGUCACCGGCCUUGCCGGCCCGCUUACAUCCACCCUCCCGGCAUCUGGAAACCUGGCGACUGUUGUCAUCCAGACGGCCUUACCUGUGGUCACCUCUUAUACGACGGUUUUCAGCGGCGUCACCGGCCUUGCCGGCCCGCUUACAUCCACCCUCCCGGCAUCUGGAAACCUGGCGACUGUCGUUAUACAGACGGCCUUGCCUGUGGUCACGGCAUAUACCACAGUUUUCAGUGGUGUCACUGGUCUUGCCGGCCCCGUCACAUCCACGCUUCCAGGAAGUGGCGGUUUCGGGACGGUCGUUAUUCAGACCGCCCUGCCCGUCGUCACUUCAUACGUCACGGUCUUCAGUGGGAUCACAGGUCUUGCAGGCCCCGUCACAAGCACGCUGCCCGGCUCCGGAAACCUUGCCACUGUUCUUAUCCAGACUGCCCUCCCGGUUGUUACGUCGUAUGUUACAGUCUUCAGCGGUGUCACUGGGCUCGUGGCCCCGGUGACGAGCACGUUGCCUGGAGGCGGCAGCGUUGUCACCGUCGUCAUCCAGACGGCGCUCCCAGUUGCCACCUCCUUCACCACCGUUUUCAGUGGAGUGACCGGGCUUGUCGGACCAGUAACUUCCACGUUGCCCGCAACUGGAAACAUUGCCACCGUGGUCAUCCAGACGGCACUGCCGGUUGUCACCUCCUACACCACAGUCUUCAGCGGUGUUGUUGGGCUUGCCGGACCUCUCACGUCGACUCUGCCAGCAAGCGGGAACUUGGCCACCGUUCUCAUCCAGACUGCUCUGCCAGUUGUUACCUCUUACACUACGGUCUUCAGUGGUGUUCCUGGACUUGCGGGACCUGUCACAUCGACAUUGCCCGGAGUUGGCAGCGUUGCCACUGUGGUCAUCCAGACAGCCCUCCCGAUUGUCACCUCGUACACCACCGUGUUCAGCGGCGUGGCUGGACUCACAGGCCCGCUCACUUCCACGCUUCCUGGAGUUGGCAGCGUUGCCACUGUGGUCAUCCAGACGGCUCUCCCUGUUGUUACAUCGUACACCACGAUCUUCAGCGGCGUGGUUGGACUUACAGACCCCCUGACCUCGACACUGCCCGGGGUUGGCAGCAUUGGAACCGUGGUUAUCCGCACCGCCCUCCCGGUUGUCACAUCGUAUACCACGGUCUUCAGCGGCGUACCGGGUCUUGCCGGUCCUAUCACUUCCACUGUGCCUGGAGUUGGCAGCAUCGGAACCGUGGUCAUCCAGACUGCCCUUCCUGUGGUCACCUCGUAUGUCACCGUCUUCAGCGGCGUAAUAGGUCUCGUCGGCCCUCUGACCUCAACGCUGCCGGGAGCCGGCAGCAUCGCAACCGUCGUCAUCCAGACCGCCCUGCCCGCUCUGCCAGUCACGUCGUACGUCACUCAGGUCACGGGCGUGCCGGGUACGUUCGCCGGCACGUUGACGACCACGCCGCCGUUCAUCGGCACGCUGGGCACCGUCCUCUUGCAGACGGCGAUCCCUCCCGCCACGACCGGAUACACAACAAUGGUCUCCGGGGUCAGCGGCACCUUCGCCGGCACUCGGACGACGACGCUGCCGGUCUCGGGUACGCUCGGAACGGUCGUGUUGCAGACGGCCAUCCCACCGGCCGUCACCACGGGCUUCACCACUGUUACCAGUGGCGUCCCCGGCACGUUCACCGGCACGUCGACGACCACUCUGCCGGUAUCGGGUACGCUCGGAACGGUCGUGUUGCAGACGGCCAUCCCGCCGGUCGUCACCACGGGCUUCACCACCGUCACCAGCGGCGUUCCAGGCACAUUCACCGGCACGUCAACGACCACCCUGCCCAUCACCGGCACGCUGGGCACCGUCGUUCUCCAGACGGCGGUCCCGCCGGCCACCUCGUACACGACCAUCUUCACGAGCGUCUUCGGCACCUUCACCGGCACCCAGACGUCGACUCUGCCCGUGUCCGGCACCAUCGGCACCGUGUUGGUGCAGACGGCGAUCCCCGUCUCGUACACGACGCUCAUCACCGGCGUCCCGGGCGCGUUCACCGGUACGCAGACAUCAACGAUCUCGGCCGUCGGAGGCCUCGGCACCGUCGUUCUUCAAACCGCCAUCCCGACGGGAUUCACCACCGUCACCAGCGGCGUCACCGGAUCCUUCGCGGGCACCCGGACGACGACGCUACCGGUUACCGGUGGCGGCCUGGGCACUGUUGUUCUCCAGACGGCGAUCCCCAGCAUCUCGUACGUGACUGUUACCUCGGGCGUUACGGGCACCUUUACGGGCACUUCGACGACUACCCUUUCUGCCGUCGGAAGCGUGGCCACCGUCGUCCUCCAGACGGCCCUCCCAAGCCUCGUCUACGUCACCGUCACCUCGGGCGUCACGGGCACCUUCACCGGAAUCUCGACGACAACGCUCUCCGGCACCGGGAUCACGAGGACGGUCGUCGCGCAGACGGCCCUGCCGACGAGCACGUCGUACACGACGGUCCUCACGGGCGUCACGGGGACCUUCACCGGGACGCGGACCAUCACGACGGGCAACACGGUGUUGCAGCAGACGGCCAUCCGGUCGGCGUCCCUCGUGCCCACCUCGGUGUCCGGCUGUAUCCCGUCGCCGACGGCCACGGCGUCACCGGCCUGCGCCACGAGCGUCGCGUUGCCGGCCCAGUGUACGGGGCUCGUCGGGUACAAAUGGGUCAGCGUCAUCGGCCUGGCCUCGGUGCAGGAGAGGGUCAUCUACACGCCGGCCGAGAUCCAGGCCUGCCGAGGAGCCCUCGGUACGAGCGCCAACCUCCCCGGCGUCGAGGCCUGUCUCACGCCGGACCUCGUCACGGCGCUGGUCGGCACUCUCCUCGGCUUCAACCACGCCCAGUGCCUGCAGCAAAGGCUGGCCUCGACGUGUAUCCCGAGAUUGCCCACCGUCUGCGCCAACCUCGCGGCCGACGUGGCCAACACGGCGGUCCAGGCCAACGCCAACCUCUGUAUCAGGACCCUCGGCGUCUUCAACCAGACCGCCGGCGUCACCAACUGCGCCAACAGCGCGAACGUCGCCCAGGGUAGCUUGUCCGUCCUCCGGUGUAUCGAGGGCGCUCUCCGCCUCCCCCUCGGCCAGACGCUCGCCUCGGCCGGCCGCGUCAUCUGUCCCGGCGGCGCGACGGGGCUCACCUGUGCUCAAGCUCCUGUGGCCUGCGGCAAUCUGCUGGAUAUCACGCUUUCCCCGACCCAGCUCCAGGUCAACCUAGACGCCUGCCGAGUCGCCCAGACGGUCAACGCCCUCGGCACGGUCGUAUCAGAUCUCACAAAACUGCUCACGUGUACCCUUACCGAUCUCGCCGGCACGUUGAACGCCCUCCUCGGAGGGUCGACGGACAGUUACGCCGCCUGUAUCCAGAAGCAGUGUCUCACGGGUCCUCCGACGGCCUGUAUCAACCUCGGGGCCGACGUGAACAACGGCGCGCUGAUCUCGGUCGACGCCCCCAACCUGGUGCAGUGUCUCCUGAACCUCGGCCCCUUGUUGACGCAGCCCAUCGCCACCGAGUGCUUGCAGGCCGGCUUGACCAACUCCGCCGUCUCCGCCUGCCUGAACCUCCGCAUCUUCGGCCUCGCCACGGUCAACGCCAACGUCGGCGGCGGCUAA